CUGCUUUAAAAUGCCCUCCCCGGACCAGAGAAAGUGGCCCAAUCACCCUCCUCUCUCAGUCACCUGAUUCAUGUGCUGCCAUUUUACACGCAACUUUAACUGGCACUAUAUAUAAAAGGGGGGAAAUAGUACUGUCCUAUUGGAAGAGGGUAAAAAAAACCUCCCUGUUUGUGAGACGAUUGCUAAGAGGGGUUGAUGCAGUGUGCGCGGAUCCGACAGAGGACGGUACGAUGAUGUCUGACGGGAUUUCUGCAGCAGGACGCGUGUGACGGAUGCAUGAUGCAGCUCAUCGUGUAGAUUAUUGAUAUCUGGACGCACCCCGCCGCCGGCUCUGGCUGCGUCUGCUUCAGGGAUCAGAGCGUCUCGUUUCAGUCAGAAAAAUAACCUUUCGUUAAAAAAAGAAGAAAGAAAAUCCUGCAUUUGAUUGCAUUUUAAACGCGUCUGGAUGAAUUUGCAUGAAUUCUCUCACCGGAUCCUCAUCGGCUGCUGUCAUCCUCCUCCUCACAGAGGGCACUACCCUCCUCCCUGCCUCUAAAGACAUUUUGAUCGUCCUCCCCGGUCCCCCACCCACCCGGACAUCACCUCCUCCUCCUCCUCCACCAGCAGCACCACCUCCUUCUCCUCCGCUGGAACAUGUCGGGCCAGUCUUUGACGGACCGGAUCGCCGCCGCGCAGCACAGUAUGACCGGUUCCGCCAUCAGCAAAGCCGUCUGCAAGGCCACGACGCACGAAGUCAGCGGACCCAAGAAGAAACACCUUGACUACCUGAUCCACUGCACCAAUGAGCUGAACGUCAGCAUCCCCCAUCUGGCAGACACGCUGAUGGAACGCACGGCGAGCAACAGCUGGAUUGUGGUUUUCAAAACGCUCAUCACCACACACCACCUCAUGAUGUAUGGCAACGAGAGAUUGAUGCAGUACAUCGCCUCCAGAAACACGCUCUUCAACCUCAACAACUUUCUAGAUAAGGCUGCACUACAAGGAUAUAACAUGUCAACCUUCAUCAGACGCUACAGCCGAUACCUGAAUGAAAAAGCUAUGUCUUAUAGGCUAGGAGAAGUGGAUUUCACCAAGAUGAAGAGAGGGGCUGAUGGUGUGAUGCGAACCAUGAACACAGAGAAGCUGAUCAAAACGCUGCCCAUCAUCCAGAACCAACUCGAUGCACUGCUAGACUUCCAGCCGAACUCCAACGAGCUGACCAACGGGGUGAUCAACACGGCUUUCAUGUUGCUGUUCAAAGACUCCAUACGGUUGUUUGCUGCUUACAACGAAGGGGUCAUCAACAUGUUGGAGAAAUACUUUGACAUGAGGAAGAAUCAAUGCAAAGAAGCUCUGGAGAUUUACAAGACCUUCCUCAACAGGAUGACUAAGCUGUCUGAGUUUCUCAAAGUGGCAGAGCGAGUUGGGAUAGAUCAGGGCGACAGCCCCGAUCUCACACAGGCUCCUAGUUCUCUCCUGGAGGCUCUGGAGCAGCACCUAGCUUCUCUGGAGGGCAGGAAGCUCAAGGAUCUGUCAACCGCUAGCAGAUCCAGUACCUUGUCUAGUGCAGUGUCGUCUCUCUCCAGUGCAGGAAUCUCGCUCAGCCAAAUUGAUGACAAAACAGAGGACAACCGACUUCAGCAACACAAGGACGAUGGUCAUAAAGUGACUGACAUUCAGACACCUAAUGCUUCACCCAGCACCCAAUCAGUGUGCAGUGCCAGCAGCAGCGUGGGGGCCACUGAGCUCUUCUCCAACUCACCGAGCAUACCCAUCAGCAACCAUGUGCCAAACCUGACCACUGAGCUGUUCACCUUGCAGCCUAACUUCACCCCCUUACAGACCACACACACUGUGCCCAACAACGCAUGGGGAGGUGACCUGAUAAAGCCAUCUCCACCUACUCAGAUUCAUAGUCCAGGAGCUCCUUUACACUCUGGGAAAAUGCUGCCCAAUGAUUUGGACUCUUCCCUAGCAAAUCUGGUUGGCAACCUGCAGUUUGGGAGUAUGCCAUCCAAAAAGCCAGAGCUCCAAUGGAGCCAGCUGGUAGAGAAGAAGCCAACAGGAGGAAGUGGCUGGCAAUCAAAAUCUAUGUGUACCAAUACAAACUGGACUCACACAACCCAUCAUCCCAUGGCACCUGCACCCAUGCCCGUCCCUCAGAUGAAUGGGAUGAUCUAUACUGGAUAUGCUCCAGCACCAGUGGCUUUUCCUAUGACAACACCCCAAGUGCCUGUGUAUGGAAUGCUCCCUCCUCAGAUGAGUCAUCAGAUGGGGGGUGUUCCUAUGAUCCCUCCACAGCCCGUCAUGUACAACCAGCCUGUCUUGAGACCCACAAAUCCAUUUGGACCCAUCCCGGGUACACAGAUGCACUUCAUGUAGAGAUGAUGUUGUAACCAUAGCAGCAAAGCUGAGGAAAGAGGCAAGAUAAACAAAUGGAGGGAAAGAGUUGACAGCCAACACAAACGCAGAACCAAAUCCAGGAAGAAAGAAACGGACAGCCAGGGAAAGGGAGGAGAGAAGACCAGGGGAUGGAUUGAAGAUGAAAUGCUGAUGUCAAUUUAAUGUCACCUGACCUUCACAUUUUCUCUUACCUCUCCAUGUGGCUAAUAAUUUCUCUGUUUUAACCAGCAAGUACAGAGACUCUGAUUCAGUCCUACCCAUAGUUUGUUUUGCUACCCCAAAGGGCAACUGAGAACUGAGCUGUUGCUACCAAGGCUGACACCACUUUGACACCCACUCAUCCUAAUUUCUUAAAUUAAAUUUUGACCACAUUUAUCUCCAUUCCACAACUGAAUCAGAUUAGGAGGACUCAUUUCUUUCUCUUACUGGAUCAUGGCACUUUAUUCUAUGUGAACUUUUGCCAAGGGUGUGUUUCCAUGUAGGUGAUUUUAGUAUCUUGUUGAGACUGAUCCUGGUUUUUGUGCCAUCCAACGCAAAAUGUCAGAAGUGAUUUGAAUGCGUGUGAGCAUGUCCCUUUUUCUACAUUUGGCAAGCUGCAUCAAGGUUAUCGUUUCUAUUUAUGAAUUUCUUUAUGUUCCUAAAUGCGUAAAACGACGAUUUCUUUUCUACGCUCGUGUGAUUGUUAAAUGGAUGCAACCCCCUGCGGUGUGAACUGUGUUUGUGUGUCUCUUUUGGUACCUGAUGUCAUGACUAUAUGUUGCCAGGUACCAACGUGUUUCUGCACUGGAAUGAACUGAUGAAAGCACUGAAACAGAUACAGCUAUCGCAAUUGGAUGUAAACAAAACCCCUCACGCUAACUUUGCUAUUUGGGGACAUGGUGUACACACUGUGUAUUCAUAUUUUGUUUUCUUUUCUGCAGCUGUGCAAUAUUGCAAAAUCGUGUUACCCUCGUCACACCACACACAUCCAUAGCCUGUUUAGGUAUGUUCUCUGUGGUUGUAUUGUACUUUGAGUGUCCACCUCAUGGCUCUGUACAAAAUACUUUAGUUUUCUGGUUUAUAUAAGUUUUUGCUAUACCUGUAUGCUCUGAAAAAUGCACUGAGCCAGACAAAAGUGGAUAAGAAAAAAGAGUUUCAGUCUAGCUAAUCAAACACUAAAGGACUUUCUUUGUGUCCAUUAUGUCCAGAAUGGGUGAGGUUUCUUCACUUUCAAAAAAACUGGAUUUGGACAAGCACUACUGAACAUGUUCAACCUUCACCUUUAAAACUCUGGUAUGACAUAUUUCAAUUUUACUGUACAUGGACAGGACAGCUGAAGGUUCUUGCAAAAAUUCCAAAGAACCCUAAGCCAUCAGAAAGUAACUGAGGGGUAAUAUUUUUCCAACACGACCCAGGUAAAAACUGUAGUGACAGCAUACUAAUCAAUUCAAACAGGCUGAGACAAGAAGCCUUAAUGAGGCAUUCAAUGUUAAUGUGGAUUUUCCUGCAGAUUCAAGGUCAAGUCAGACUCACAGUCCAAUGAUAUAUAUACACGUAUAUAUAGCACAAGCCUUCAAAGAAGGGACAACGCUCUGCUGCACAAAAACCUUAAAAUCAUUGCUGGGAUGUACAGUCAAAAGGGGCAAUAAUUGAUUGGGGAUGACAUCAUUUUCUAUUGACUGUGUCUGUUCUAUGUACAUGUACUGUACCUGUGUUUGUGUGCACAUGCCUUUGAAUAGAGAUUAACAGGGUCAUGUUCCUCGAUUAGAGAUGGAAGGUCUCUAAGCGAGUUGGUAGUGUGUACUAACUUGGCGUCGAGUGUUUUCGUGACGGUGUCUGACUCUGUACAACACAUCAACUUAAGGUGGCUUAAGGAUCACUCACCUGCUGAAAAAUUCAAAAACGCUCUAGCUAAAUGCAAGUCUGAGUUAAACUUCUCCAAUCAACCGAAGCUGCUCUGGAUGGGGAUUUUUAACACAACCUUCUGAAAAACCCAACUUAGUAUGGGCGUGCUAUUGUGAUUUAUGUUUGCAAUGUAACUGUGGCUAGGCCAAAUUUUUUUCUUUGCAGCUUAGACUCUAAAACAGACUUGAGUUAGAAAUCACCACCGAUAUUCUAAGGGUUUGCAUUAGAACGAACAUUUAUUAAAUCAGCUGUUGCUUCCCUCUUCUCCAUUACUCCUUGUUCGAGGUUUGUCUUUCUCCGUCAGCUGAAGGGCUUCUUCAUUGAUCUCUUCAGCACAACUCACUACGAUCCAUUCAGACCAACCUCAGACUGUUAGUGUCCCCUCUGUAUAUAGGCAAUGCUGUUCAUGUGUUUUUAGACGUGCUCCCUCUGUAAAGUGAUCAAAGCUCCACUGGAUGAUUUACUGUAUGUGGGACAAUUUAUUGCUGUACUUGUGUUUGAAUGGUUGUAAUUUGAAGGUGUCACUAUCCAGGGAUGGGUGGGUGGGCGGGCAGGGUCAAUGUUUAUGUCCAUCUCAUGAUGGAAGUGGGUUGGGGUUAAUCAAAGGUAAAUUAUCACAACUGGUCAAUACCAAGAGUGUCUUCAUCAAGGAAGAGGGCAGGACAGGGUCUGUCCUCUUCAUAACAGGAACAUUUUUUUGCACCAAAGUCAUCAUCAAAGCGCAGCUUCUUCUUAUUCACUAUGGAUGGAUGCUAUCAGAACUCCGAAAAAAAAUUUUUUUUGUUCUUUUAUUUUCAAAAGACAAAGAAACGGUCUCUUUUGCAUGACUUUGUGUCGUCUUUUUAUUGGCUAGUGUGCCCGGUAAAAGCAUGACCAUAGUGUGAACUCACUCUUACCGGUGUGUUUGGAAACUGUUACAAAAACUUCUCCAUGAGAUUUUUUUUUUACUUCCCUCUAGACAUGAACGCUCAUUGACAUUCAUCAUAAGCUGUUUUACAAUGUGGAGCCUGUAACAGUUUGAAGGCUGCCUCGCAUGGUCAAAUGCAAUUUGCAACCCACCAAACUUCAAACUUAGUUACUAAAACUGCAUCUAGGUAAAACACUAUGAAUGUCAAUGUCUGUUAUCACAUAACUAGCUAGACAUUGCAGUCUUGUAAAAAAGAUAAAAAAAAAUUAAAAAAAGAAAAGAAAAAAAAUCGCUCUUUAUUAAAGCGUUGCUAUUUUCAA